GCUGGGAUAGGCUGGGAGUUUGGUUGGAGCCGUCAGCGGGACGGCACAAGGCACAAGAAAGGGGUGGAGGGGCGGUGGGGGCGAAGAACCGACCGACUUAACUUCUGGCUUCCGAGCGGUUGAUUGUUGGACAGGAAAUUUGACGUAGACAGCUUUACGGAAAAUAGCAUUUGUUGCAUUCAGAGGUCACGGAUCUGAGCGGCGCGGAUGACAAAGAAGCGCCGCCGUGCAAACUUUCUCAACCGGGUUUGAUCGCUCGUAAAACCCAACCGGGAAUUCUGUUUUUCUUUGUAACGGAGGCGUAAGACAUCAGACAUCAUGCCACGGCGCACCGUGCAAGAAGUGACAGUGCAAGAUGUCCAGAAACGAAGAAAUCCGAACAAACACUACGUUUACAUCAUCAAAGUGUCCUGGAGCGAUGGCAGUACAGAAAUCAUUUACAGACGCUACAGCAAGUUCUUUGACCUCCAGAUGGAAUUGCUGGACAAAUUCCCGGUGGAAGGAGGCCAGAAAGACCCUAAGCGCAGGAUCAUUCCAUUUCUACCAGGAAAGAUCCUGUUUAGGAGGAGCCAUAUAAGAGAUGUGGCCAUGAAAAGGCUAAGGCCCAUCAACGAGUACUGCAGGGCCCUCAUUCAGCUGCCAGUCUACAUCUCCCAGUGCGAGGAGGUCCGGGUGUUUUUUGAGACCCGACCUGAAGACCUUAACCCACCCAAGGAGGAACCCAUUGGAAAGAAGAAAUCAGGGAUUGUGGAGCGAGCGACUACUUUCCUAAAGCGAGGAGAUUCCACCUCAGCAGACCCUCUCCUCCUCGACCAGUAUGUGGCAGUUACGGACUAUGAGAAGCAGGAGAGCUCGGAGGUCAGCUUGCAUGUUGGUCAGGUGGUGGAAGUCAUUGAGAAAAAUGAGUCUGGGUGGUGGUUUGUUAGCUCAGACGAUGCCCAGGGCUGGGUCCCUGCCACCUGCCUUGAAGCACAGGAUGACCCUGAUGACUUCAGUCUUCCAGGGGAAGAAGAGGAGAAGUAUUCAGUGAUUUACCCGUACUCGGCCAGGGACCAGGAUGAGAUCGACCUGGAGAGAGGCAUGAUUGUUGAGGUGAUUCAGAAGAACCUGGAGGGCUGGUGGAAGAUCAGGUACCAGGGGCGUGAGGGCUGGGCCCCAGCCUCCUAUCUGAAGAAGACUGACAUCCAAGGCCAGAAGCAGUCAACAGGCGCUGCUGCUCAUGCCAGCACCAAUGACCUAGAUGGGUUUUCUAAACAGAACCAGCAAAACAAUGCAGCCAAAGAGAACCGAGACAAUGGCCAAAAAGAAAACCGACUCUCAUUAUUUUCUGACAAAAGUAAAGUGGGAGCAAGACACAGACCUCCUCCACGCAGAGAUCUGACCCUUCCACGUGGUACAAACCUACCCAAGCCACCCAUUCCUCCUCAGGUUGAGGAAGAGUUCUACACCAUAGCAGACUUCCAGACCAUCAUCCCUGAUGGUAUUAGCUUCCAAGCCGGAGUCAAAGUUGAGGUGAUUGAGAAGAAUAAUGGUGGUUGGUGGUACAUCCAGAUAGAUGACAAAGAGGGCUGGGCCCCUGCCACCUAUAUUGACAAGUACAAGAAGACCAGUAAUGCCGUGCGACCUAAUUUCCUUGCACCUCUGCCCAAUGAGAUGGAGAAGCUGAGACUGGAAGAUGGUGGUUCUUCAAAUGUCUCAGGCGCAGAUGACAGCUGGUCCAAGCCUUUACCAGAUGAGCCAACCACAGCCCCUGAUUCCAUUGCUCGGCCCAAGCUGAGAGAUUGGAAGUCCGGUGCCAGCAAAGGGGCCCUUCCCUUCAGUGGACCUUUACCUCCAGCCCCAGCCACCCCUCCAGUCGAGGACAAACCAGCUCUGCCACCUCGAAGGGAGUCCAUUAAUAAGAGCUUUGAAUUGGAAGUAUCAGAAAAACCAAGGGCUGAUCAUUCCAAACCUUUGCCUCCAAAACCCCCGGCUCCUGGGGUCAUCAUGCCACUGGUUCCACCUAAAGCAGCCCCCUUCAAACAGGACAAACCACCAGAGCCCAAGAAGGAAGAUAAGAGCAAAGCUCUUCACCUUAGGAACGAGAUGGGUCUUGAAUGUGGCCACAAGAUCUCUGCCAAAGAGGUGAAGAAGUUUAAUCUGAAACCUGUACCCAAACAGCCACCAAAACCCAAAUCAGAAGCGCAGGAGGAGAAACCAGAGGCAGCUGGGUCAGCUGUGUUUAUGAAGCCUAAGCCAGUGCUCCGACCUAAACCUAUUCCUGCUGCCAAGCCAGAUCCUCCGGCAGAGAACAAACUAGACAUCACCAACCUGAGAAGCAAGCUGAGGCCGUCAAAACCUGCAGAUCCCGGCUCUGCAUCAGCUGAGGUGAGCCAUCAGAAUGACACCUCGGCAGCAGUAAAUAGUUCCUGUCCCAGUCUACCUCCUAGCUCUCCUCCCAUCCAUAUCCCUACUCUCAACAAUGGUAAGCACUGCGACGAGCCAAAACUCCCCCCAAAACACAUUAAUGGUCAUAGCCAGGAGAGCUCAUCACCCCCUGCAAAACCAGCAGUGCCUCCCCACAAGGAACCCCCACAGAGACCCCCCACCAUGGCUCCAAGGAGACCUCCUCCUCCAAAGAAGACCGACCCAUCCAGCCCCACUGAGCUCAAACCUCCACCUGUUCUCAGAGAAAUCCAGGACAUUCCCAAGAGCCCCCCAACCCAACUCAGCAGACCCCCUCCCCCUAAACCCAAAGGGUUUGUUCAGGCACCUCCAAACAAAGAGAAAGAAGAGCCCAAAGUUAAUAAAGUCCCGGUUCCUCCCAAGCCCCAGGUGAAGAUUGAGAAGCCUGGCCCGCCCAAGGACAAGCUUCCACCUUUACUCAUGGAGCCCAGUAAAGAUGAGCUGUAUCUAGCUGUGGCGGACUUUGAAGGGGAUGACCAAACAUCCAGCUUUAAGGUGGGCACGGUGUUUGAGGUGAUGGAAAAAAACAGCAGCGGCUGGUGGUUCUGUAAGAAGGCAGGACAAGAAGUUGAGAGCUGGAUCCCCUCAAAUUACCUGAGCAAGAAACCUUAGUGUGAAUGUGCUCUCAAUACCAUUGCCAUAUGAAAAAAGAAACUAAUAAUGUAAUGAAAGUAAUGAUUUAAAUGAACAAAACAUAUGUACUUUGUAGCUGAUUAGCAGUUUUCUUUUAUUUAUAGGUACCUUUUUGUUUUUUUUAAGUGACACAUUUUCGUUAUGUUGCAUUUCUACCUAAACUGAACCAGCAAUAACACAUGACCUUGUUGGGUCUUGUGAUGUUUACGUUUUUGUCUUUUUAUCUUAAUUUUACAUGAAAGAAGUUCUUUGCUUUCAUUGCCAUAUGUUACAGUAGUCGCAGCCUGUGUCAGUCCUGCCAUUACUUGGGGUAGACGCUAGAACAGUAGUAAAUGUAUCUCCACCCAUGCCUUCUAUGAUAUGGUGCCUCUAUAUUAUAUGCAAAGUGCUUCAGUGAUUAAUAUACUGUAUGCAACUGUAGACAUAGUACUUGUUGGAACCUUAAAAAAAAAAAAAAACGUUAACUAAAAAUCAAAACUCAACAUUAAAGGAGAACACAUUUGAUGUUCAAAUCCAACAGUA